AUGGCUCUACGUGGAGUUAAUGUUCCUCCAGUCUUGGUCUUCACUGUACACGGAGAAUACCUGAGAUCAUUCCCGUAUGACCCUAAUGUAAUCAAUAUGGUCCACGGAAUGCGGAUGUUUCAUAAUGCAACAUCAGGCCAGACUAGUCUCUGGCUUACAGAUGUUGGCAAUGGUACCCUUGGACACACCGUCAAGAGCUUCUCUCCCACAGGCACGGUGGAGCAUGUCCUUGGUACAGCAGGCAAGGCUGGCCCUGGAUUGGCCCCACUACAGUUUGACCAGGUAGCUGACAUUGCUCUGAACAAUGACGGCGAUAUGUUCAUUGUUGAUGGGGACGGUGGUGUCAAUAACAGACUCAUCAAACUUCACAGAGGAGAUUUCAAGCUAGCCUGGCACAAGGGCAUGAAUGGGACAGCUAGUGGGCAGUUUCACAUACCACACAGUGUUGAGCUGGAUGGAGUUGGGCGUGUGUGGGUUGCAGACAGAAUGAACGGCAGAUUACAGGCAUUCAGCGAAGAUACAGGGGACUUCAUCGGAGAAUGGACGUUGUGCUUCAAAAAUGGGGAACCAUACUCAGUCGGGCUGAGUGCAAGCCACACCCACUUUAUUGUCACCCAACUUCAAGCCAAUCGGAUUCUCUUCAUUGAAUCACCGAGGCAACCAGGGUCGAUUGGCAACUGCACUGUGCUAGACAGCAUUCAAUUAGCAGAAGACAUUCAGCCACAUCUUGUGGCAGUCAGCCAAUCAGAGGGAGCAUUCUAUGUGGGCGAGCUGGGAUCCAAGGCGUGCCAAAAGUUUGUGCCUGUUUCCUGA